AUGGGCCGCACCGAAAAAUCUCAGGGUCUUGCGCCACCCGCCGUGCGCAAAGAUAUUCGAGCCAAACAAGCGCGGCACGUGGUGAACAAAGUCGUUCCUGCGAUAUUGGCAUCAAAUGCAAGAGCUAGGCGAGGUGCGGACGGGAGUGAGCUUAUUCCGAACCCCGGGCCGAACGGCACGGUGGGGCAGGAUAGUAAGAGUAGGGAUGGUGCACGUGUUGAGGGUGGUGAAGAUACGGGCUAUGUGAAGAGAAAGGGUCAAGGGAGGCGGAAGGUCAAAGGUGGGAAAGACGAUGUUGAAGAGGAGGAUGCAAGGAAUGGUGAUGCGGGGAGAGAUGCUGGCAAAGGAAGAGGAAAGGGAAGAGGCAAGAAACGCAAUGAUUCUCUCGAUGAAGGGCUAUCAAAUCUCAAUUUGAAUAGUACUGCAACAUCAACACCCGAACCAUCUAGGAAAGCGCGAUGCAUACGCAUGAUAACGACAGAUGCCCUCACAGCUGCACACAUGCUCGCCAACCCCUCAUCAUACGAUGCCACCACGACCACCACAUCAAAGCAGACGUCGAAGAAACAACCAAACCCAUGCAUCUUGAACAUGGCCUCUCCCCUCCGUCCAGGCGGCGGUCUCCUAACGGGCGCUACUUCCGCCGAAGAAUCCCUCUGCGCACGCACAACCCUGCUUCCUUCACUCAAAGAAUCCUUCUACCGCCUCCCCGAAUACGGCGGCAUAUACACACACGACGCGCUCGUUUUUCGCUCGGCUCUACCUCUUGGAGACAGUGCGGGAGAACUCUCUCCGACUGAGCGCUGGUACGUCGAUGUAAUUAGUGCGGGGAUGCUACGAUUUCCUGAACUAGAAGGGGAAGAAGAGGAAGAGAAGAGAUUGAGCAAGAAAGAUAAAGAAAUUGUAGAGAGUAAAAUUAGAGGUGUAAUGAGGAUAGCGGAGCAGAAGGGUGUAAAGGGGUUGGUGCUUGGGGCCUGGGGCGUCGGAGCGUAUGGCAAUCCAGUGAAAGAUGUUGCAGAGGCUUUUGCGAAGGUUCUGGGCGGUAGCUCUGCUCCUUCAUAUGGAGGCAAGAAGAACAGCAAGUCGCCAUCGACUAGUGAUGAAACCUUUCCAUCUAUCGAAAACAUCAUCUUUGCUAUUCCCCAACGCAAAGUCGCCAACGAUUUCGCAGCUGCGUUCGGCGGCAAGAUCGAAGUCGAAGAAGGCCCUGGGACUUCUGCGGAGAAUGACGAAGAAGAAGAUGACGAGGAAGAUAAGGUAGCGGAAGAGUUGAGGAGCAAGAUCCAAGAGAUGGACGGCCAGAUAAGUAAGGUUUGGAAUCCAGAUCUGAAAGCAAGGCUUGGUACUAUCCUGGAUGGGUUGAAAGCGCAGUUGAGGGAGAGGGAGGGGACGCCUCGGACGGGUAGUGUGGAUGAUGAUGAGGAGGAAGAUGAAGACGAGAACGAUGACCAAGACAGCGAUGAGGAUGAAGAAGAUAUUGAAUGCAGCGAUGAGGCAGAUGCAGAUGAGGACGAUCAAGAUCUUGUUGAGCAUCAACGGACGAGAUCAAGUAAGACAAGAGAUGUGAUAGAUGAUAGCGAUGGCGAUAGUCGUUCUUAG